GUUACAUUGUGACAUCUAUAAAGCGGAAAGAGGCUAAAGUUUUAGACGCAGAGUGGGAAUGGAGUGUGGUUGGUGUUUUGGGAACAAAAGGAGAGGGAGUAAGAGCUACCAGAAAGGCACUGUUUAUCUUUUUGAGUGAAACUGGGGUGGGAAAAAUAAUUAGGUCAGGAAAGAUCAUAGAUUUUUAUUUUUGUUUGAUUUAUUUCAUGUUUUUUGUAUUAGAUCAUAGGUUAAAGAGUUGGAAUGAUAUGAGGAUUCAUACUCAUAUACAAUAGGUGGCGGUAUGCACCUUUUAAGUUCUUUGCAAUCCGCCAAAAACCGAGAGAAGAAGAAGAAGAAGAAGAAGAAGAAGAAGAAGAAGAAGAAGAAGAAGAAGAAGAAGAAGAAGAAGAAGAAGAAGAAGAAGAAGAAGAAGAAGAAGAAGAAGAAGAAGAAGAGCAGUAUGGAGGAGAACAAGGAGACCCCUGGAGCUCAGAAACCGAAAGGAAGAGAGAGACGUCACAGCUGUCAGCAAUGUGACAAAUCCUUUACAAGAUCUGGAACUUUAAAGCGCCACCUGCUUAUUCACACUGGAGAAAAGCCGCACAGCUGUGAAGAGUGUGGGAAAACUUUCGCUUCAUCAAGUAAUCUCAAAAACCAUCAAUUUAUUCACACUGGAGAAAAACCAUACAGCUGUGAAGACUGUGGGAAAACUUUCACUACAUCAAGUAAUCUCAAAUUCCAUCAAUUUAUUCACACUGGAGAAAAACCAUACAGCUGUGAAGAGUGUGGGAAAACUUUCACUACAUCAAGUAAUCUCAAAUCACAUCAACGUAUUCACACUGGAGAAAAACCUUACAGCUGUGAAGAGUGUGGGACAACUUUCUCUAGAUUAGGUGCUCUCCAAAUACAUCACCGUAUUCACACGGGAGAAAAACCGUACUGGUGUGAAGAGUGUGGGAGAACUUUCACUAUAUCAACUCAUCUCAAAGUACAUCAACGUAUUCACACUGGAGAAAAACCUUACAGCUGUGAAGAGUGUGGGACAACUUUCACUACAUCAUUUAAUCUCAAAACACAUCAACGUAUUCACACUGGAGAAAAACCAUACAGCUGUGAAGAGUGUGGCAAAACUUUCCCUACAUCAGGUGCUCUCAAAAUACAUCACCGUAUUCACACGGGAGAAAAACCGUACUGGUGUGAAGAGUGUGGGAAAACCUUCCCUACAUCAGGUGGUUUCCAAAUACAUCACCGUAUUCACACGGGAGAAAAACCGUACUGGUGUGAAGAGUGUGGGAAAACUUUCACUAAUUCAGGUGAUCUCGAUAAACAUCACCGUAUUCACACAGGAGAAAAACCGUACUGGUGUGAAGAUUGUGGGAAAACUUUCUCUACAUCAGGUGGUCUCCAAAUGCAUCACCGUAUUCACACGGGAGAAAAACCGCACUGGUGUGAAGAGUGUGGGAAAACUUUCACUACAUCAAGUGCUCUCAAAAAACAUCAUCGUAUUCACACGGGAGAAAAGCCAUACAGCUGUGAAGAGUGUGGGACAACUUUCACUACAUCAGGUGCUCUCCAAUCACAUCACCGUAUUCAUACAGGAGAAAAACCGUACUGGUGUGAAGAGUGUGGGAAAACUUACACUUCAUCAAGAAAUCUCAAAUUACAUCUUCGUGUUCACACGGGAGAAAAACCAUAGUGGUUUUAAGAGUGUGGGAAAACUAUGAGAGCCAAGCUAGCUGUUUUCUCCUCCUGAUGUCAU